AUGUCUGGUAGAUCCUCUCCCGAAUCUGAUUUCCCUGAGGUGUCACAAAUCAUUUCCUCGAGUCCUGUGAGUCCUCUCGAGCGUCCUAUCACUACCUACGCCACACCUCGACAAGACAAGGCCGAGGAGGAGCACACAAAUUCUCGUGAUGACGUCUCCCGGUCUCUCGCUGAGCCGUCAUCUGAGAUAUCUACCGUGACACAAUCCGGCACUAUGAAUGUAAUCGCAACCAAGGAUGCGCCUCCCAAGGUAGAGGAGCCUCCAUAUCACCACGAUCGUGCUCCUACGCCAAAAUCCGACGAAGACAGCGAUGGCGCUGCAGAAGAGGUUCUCGUUGCAGACGGCGAAACAAGCGAGGCCGCGUUGGACAGCCACGACAUCGAUGAUUUGUACACGGACCACCAGGAGUCGCUGCCAGUAAAGCCUAAGAGAAAGAAGAAGCGUAAGCGCGGUGAGGACGAGGUAGUGACUAAGCUGUCGCGAUCGGGUUCCCAUCGCAAGCCCCGGGCAGUCGUCUUCAUACCCCCGACGUCCUCAUCACGCGCCAGGGAGGGCGUCUCGUUCAUCAAACGACCAUCGGUUUUUAAUGUCAAGAAAGAGAAGAUGCCUUCUGCGUCGCAACCGCCACCAGAAUCCCAGCGCAAGCAUAGGUCAGCACCUGCAGCUGCCCCUACUACCAGCCGCCCAUCUGCAUCGCAGCCUCCGCCGUUGGCAUAUGAUGCUCCGCAAUCAUCGCAGCCAUACCCAUCUCCGCGUCCGGCGAAGCGCGCCCGCAUCCCAAACAGUGAUUCGCUCUGCACCCCGAUCGCGGUGUAUUCCAGUCCACCGAACUCUAUGCUCACAACAGCACGGCGACGGUCGCUCAGCAAAGCCGCGCGACACGAAACGUAUUGGCACCUCGACGGUUCGGUUGUGCUGCUCGUCGAGCGCACACUGUUCAAACUGCACCGCUCGCGGCUUGCCUUGCAGUCUGCAUACUUCGCAGAGCUUUUCCAGAAGGCGAAGGGCAAGCGAAAGUCCAGAACAGUGUAUAGUGAUGACGAAGCCCAGGCAAACGGAUUCAUACUGGCAGAAGGAGACGGGUUGCUGGAGGGCGAAUUGAUCGACAGCUGCCCGGUAUACAGAGUGUCAAGGGUGAAGGUGAAAGAUUUUGAGGUUCUGUUGCACGCUCUUGAGAGUGGCAUCGCCUUUGCGUCUAAGCGGUCGACCUUUACUGAAUUCGCCUCCUUGCUUCGCGCGUCGCACGCUCUCCAGUUCGGUGAUAUCCGUGACUAUGCGUCACAAGAGCUUCGCAAUAUGUGGCCGGCCGACCUCUCCCUCCUCGCUCCCGGACCCUCGGACGUUCACAAACAACAUGCAACAGAGGCCCUUGCGCUUGCGCGCCACUGCGGCUUGCGGGAUAUGUGCAAACGCGCGUACUACGAACUCCUCCGGAGCGAGGUCUUCGGGCAGAAUCUCAAGUUCGUCGAUAAGCCGGACGACGACGACUUCAACGAUACCCUUGGUCAGCUGGACCUUCUACGACUGGUCCGUUCCCGGGAACAGCUUCAGCAUGCGUGGAUACCGACAGCAUCACUAGAUGAGAAGCAGGGGCCAGUGCUCCAAGGCUGUCGUGAUGCACGCGCGGCGAGCCUAACGCACUGGAUCGCAGAGGUGCUGCAGUCGUCGCUGUUCGAGGACGGCAUGAGGGACCCGCUCUGUGCGAUGCAGGCGUUGUGCGAGAAGGACUGGACGGGCAUGGGGUAUUGUCUCGGUUGUGCAAGCGCGCGCAGGGAGCUGUGGGGAGAGGAAAUGGAAAGGCUGUGGAGGAGCCUGGAUGAGUGGCUCGGCCUGGAGGGAAAGAAUGAGGCGAGUGGUACUGCUUGA